GUCAAAUAAAUGUAUCGCACAAACGAAAAUAUUGGAGUUUGGAUUAGCUCCACCGGUUCGAUGUUGCCGUGUUUUACUUAAAAUGUGCCAGUAUUACGAUAUGCAAGAAAGCUAAUGUAAGAUUUUUGCAUAAUCCUCGUUUCAUAUUAAAAGAUUCGCUUGCUGUGACGAUAUGAAAACUAUGGCUUUCGGACGCUAUCACCACUUACACAAGCGGAAUUGUAUGGGAAUGUUACCGAUAUUCUGUUCAUUCCUGGCUGGAGCUCUACUUACUCUCCUGAUCGGAGGACCCAAUCAAAGUUGCGAACCAAGUGGGAGAGUUUACGAGACCGAAAAUUCCUAUUUUCUAAUGCUGCUUAUAGUGAGCGCACCGGGAAAUGUCGAACGAAGGAAAGCAAUCAGAGAAACUUAUCUUAAUUUGAGACCAAGAAUGCUGAAUGAGUCCUAUCAGGAUGAGGUUAUCUACGUGCCUACGAGUGAUGAACGAGGACAACUGCAUUUGGAAAGCACACAAACACAGCGGGACCUUCUAGAUAACUAUCGCCAGUGGAGACAGAAGCAGAUAAAGAAUGUGAAAGUUAUGAAUUUCAAAGUGAAAGCGCUAUUUGCAAUAGGAGUGCAUGGUUUAUCCAGAGCCGAACGGAAAGCGAUAUACGAAGAACAGAGAGUUUAUAGUGAUGUUCUAGAGUUAGACGAUCUCAAGGAUUCCUAUUCAAAUCUAACGACUAAAAUUUUCCAAAGUAUGAACAAAAUAGAUAAAGUGUAUGACUUUAAAUAUCUGAUGAAACUGGACGAUGAUACUUAUUUAAAGCUAGAUUUACUAUCAGAAGAUUUACUCAGCUAUUAUGAAAAAAUGCACAAAAUGCGAUCAGCCCACAGAAAACCUAUCGAGUUAUACUGGGGCUAUUUCAAAGGAGCAUCUACAAUACAACAAAGAGGCCAGUGGAAGGAGUCGAACUACAAGCUCUGCGACCGUUAUCUUCCGUAUGCACUGGGUGGUGGCUAUGUGUUAUCCAAAAAUCUAGUAACCUUCAUAGCGACACAUGGGGCUUCACUGAGCAAUUACAGAAGUGAAGACAUGGCGGUUGGAACUUGGUUAAGCCCUUUCGGAAAUAUUCAUCGGCGGCACGAUGUUCGGUUUGACACAGCAUGGAUGGCACGCAAAUGCCAAGAAUACCACAUAGUAUUGCAUAAACGAACUGCCCAGGAAAUGAUGGAUUACUAUCAGGGGAAACAAUGCGUUAAUACGGAAACACAGGUCACUCAAAGACCGAAAGAGUACUUUUACGACUGGACUGUUCCACCAUCGCAAUGUUGCAAAGUAUUGGUCUAGUUGGUCUGUGGACAGGACGAGAGAAAAUGUUAUCUUGUAUUGAAUUGUGAUAUGACGUCGAAUCCGUAGUUUUUUUUUUCUGUCAGCGCAGCUAAUAUAUUUAUGAUAAAAUGACGACACUGUAAAUAACUGAUAGCGAUAAAAUAUAGGCAGCAAUCGUUUUCCUUUGAAAGAUAAAAAAACAUGAAAUAAAUAAACGUCUAUAUAUCGAAA